GGCAGAAGGAACGACCAAAAAGCUCCAAGCUGCUCGUUUAGUAGAACGAGUUGGAACAAACGAGGGAGCGGCUGCCGCGCCCUGUGUACGCCUCCUGGGACAGAGUUACUGCGCACAGGUAACAAAUGCUAAGCCCACCGGAAGCGAAACAAAAGUUCGAGUAAAGAUGACGCAGAAGACCGAGCGUAUUUAACUUUGUGAGACUCAAAAGUAAAAGGUGGACUUGAGCCUCGAUAGAAACAGAAAAAACCCCAUAUCAUAGUAGUUUUUUCGGCCCUCUGUUUUUGUGGGGUUUUUCCUUUUUUUUCACUUUUGCUUUGUGAGCUGGGGAGGAGUUCUCAGGUGCGAAAACAAGCAAAGAUCUAACCUGGAUAACUAUACCUGCUGGAGGCGUUCACAGACGACUAAAGAUGUGCAUCCAGAGAAGUCCCCAGGCUUUCAGACGUCUGGAUAACUCCAGUCCUCACCUGCACAGCUAAUGGCAUGCCGAUCUCCAAACCUCCCAAUGUGGCAAGUGUCAGUGGUGCCCUAAUCCUCCUCCUUCUACUCUGCGUCUGCAACACCACCCUACUCUUUCUACUCAUCAACGUUUUUCUCAUCCCACACCCCGCUCACGCCUCAGGAUGGGUAACAUAACCGGUACCUGCCAUGACAAUGAGACCAUCGACUUUUUCUACAACAACAGUGGAAAAGCCAUUAAUACUCAAUGGAAAAAGCGUGACGUUCUUAUUGUCACGCUGGGCUUGAUUGUUUGCUUCAUUGUUAUUUUUUCCAACUUUUUGGUAGUAGCGGCCAUUUUCAAAAACAGACGGUUUCACUUUCCCAUCUACUACUUGUUGGGUAAUAUGGCUUUGGCAGACCUUUUUGCAGGUUUUGCGUAUCUCCACAUGAUGUUUCAUACUGGUCCCUGGACUAUAAAGCUAUCACCGAACCAGUGGUUUACUCGUCAGGGGUUGAUAAAUACUAGCCUGACAGCCUCGGUCCUCAACCUCCUAUUCGUGGCUGUGGAGCGCCACCAGACUAUCUUCAACGUCCAGCUACACAGCAGCAUGAGCACUCGGCGUGUUUUCAUAGUCAUGGUGUUAAUUUGGCUGGUGGCAAUAAUCAUGGGCCUCGUUCCCCAAAUGGGUUGGAACUGCACGUGCCAUCUAAGUGAAUGCUCCACCAUGGCACCGCUAUACCACCGCAGCUUCCUGAUAUUCUGGGCCGUUCUUAACUUGAUGACCUUCUCCAUCAUGGUGGCCGUAUAUACCCGGAUCUUUCUUUAUGUGAGGCACAAGGGCAGGCAGAUGUCACAGCACACUUCGACGACAAGACAGAGAGAAACCAUGAUGAACCUGAUGAAGACAGUCUCCAUGAUCCUGGGCUGCUUUGUGGUCUGCUGGACACCCGCACUGGUUGUGCUGCUGCUCGAUGGUCUGAACUGUGACAGGAGUUUGGUGCUAGGCCCCGAGAAAUACUGUCUGGUGCUGGCAGAGUGCAACUCCUUCGUCAACCCCAUCAUCUACUGCUUCAGGGACCAAGACAUGAGGAGGACCUUCAAGGAGAUCCUGUGCUGCAACUGGUCUCAGAGGCACAAGAACAGAGGCUUCUCUGAAGUUAAAUUUCACACCGUGGAGCAAGAGAAUGGUAAGUCUCGUAUCCCCAAGGCGAAAGAGAGGAGCAACGGGGCGCCUCUCAUCCGUGCCAGCUCAGAGGACAUCCCUGCAAGUCUGAUUAACUGAGACCAGCUGAGAAAUUUCGAGUUUCUGCAGCUACUGGUAGAAGAGAUACACUCUUUGGCUGGAAGCUUCAUAACAGCAGCUUGAUCUUCUCAUUUAAACACAAGCCCGCCAUCAACACCUCCCCUGCACAGACGCGUACACAUUGUUGGGAUCACUUGGACAACAUGGGAGACACACGUGAGAGUUUCCUGUUGAGACAUGAGUGACUCGGCAGUUUUUUGUUGUUUUUUUUGUUUGUUUUUUUUUGUUUUUUUUUCCCCUCAGUGACAACAGUGAUGGAAGAGCAACACCUGGAAAGCUACACAGCAGACCGUGGAAUAAAUGUGUGAAAAUGUGCAAUCAUAAAGAAUGCGCUCUGUGCUUUAGUUAUGAGCCACACAAGAGUAGUUUGCUGGCUACUCUUAGCUUAAGUUAAUGUGAUCCAAGUUGUUACCACUAGUGCAGUAAGUCCUCCUUAAUAAAUUCCGGGGUGUUUAUUUAAUUGCAUGACCAGAAAGCUGUGUGUGUGUGUGUGUGUGUGUGUGAGAGAGAGAGAAUGUGAAUAAAAUACUAGAAACACGACUUUUAUAACGUGGAUUGAUUUAAAAAGUAAACAGUAAAGUCCUGGAGGAUGGAUUUUAUUGGCCUGUGUUAUUUUGAGUAAACAGUCAGCUGUUGUGUAUGCAGAUAUAGUUUCAGACAGGGGCCCAAUGGCCACUCUGAGGGCAUUAAUAAGUAUUUUAGUAACAUUAAAGUUAUAGAUUAAUCAGGUUUGAUAUUUUUAAACUAGUUCAAAGAUUUAAAACUAUUUUAGUGGGUUUCUUACACUUUUUGUCCAAUCAGCAGCACCUUUUUUUUUUUUUUUUUCUCUCUUGCUAACAUUUGUAGAUGGUGUUCCUGUCACAAAUGUUAUAUGGAUUGUUGUUGUUUUUAAAUCCCUCAAGGUAUACGUGCCUGUUAUGACGCACAGUUUUCGUUUUCUUUUAUUCGUCAAAAUGAGCGCCGUGCCUUGUAAAUCUACAGCCAGUGAAAAAUGUGGUUACAAAUGUUGCGUUUCUUUUUAAUAUACAGCCAGUGUGAUAUAAGAAUGAGAUGCAAGUUGUUGUUUUUAUUUAUAGUUUUUUUUUUUCCACUCACUGCAUGCUGCUUGUGUUUGCAUAAUGUAAAUUGUCUCUGCUCAGUGGAAACAAUGUUCACUUACAAUGUUUGUCAUAGAAAUAUACAACUUAAAUUUGCAAUGACAUUGUAAUGGUUGAUAUUGUAACAGUAUUCAGUAGUAAUUUACGGGGGGAUGAAGCCCAUCAUUUGUCAGCAGGAUGAUAAUCCACAAAUGUUUUUAUUGCUGAGUAAAGUGAGUAAAGCUUUUGAGUAAAAUAUUGCAGCUGAUUAAUAUUGAUUUUUGGGAGAAACUGACAUGUUUAAAAGAACCGUUGACGGCUGUAACAUGUUUUCUGCCAUUAUAAUCUGCUCUCUGAGUGAUGCCAUUAAAAACGUGUAUCUUGCUGAC